AUGGCAACUCAAACAGAAACACUAUUGGUGGAACCCAUGCCGGUACCUCCAACUGCCGAGAUCCAACCCGACAAGGAAUAUUCAAAACUCCAGAAAAUAGCAGUCACAUUCCAACUUUCAGGCGUCAACUUUGCAUGUAGCGCAACAAACGGGUUAAUCGUCGUCGGUUUACCUCAAAUGACAUCAGAUCUCCAUCUCCCGCCCUCCCUCGCAUUCUGGCCCUCUAGCGUCCAAGGUUUAGCAACAGCAUCUACCCUCCUCCUCGCAGGAGCUCUAGCCGACGUCCUAGGCGCACGAUCCGUGGAGCUAGUCGGAUGCAUCCUUAGCGGGGCUAUCAUGCUCGCUUGUGGCUUUAUACAAGCCGGUGAGGAGCUUGUUGCGCUGCGUGCCCUGCAGGGCGUGGCUUUGGCGCUGCAUCUUGCUAGUUCGGUUGCGUUGGUGACAAAGACCCUUGCAAGAGGACGGGGACGCAAUUUAGCUUUUGCGUGCCUGGGGUUAAGUCAGCCUCUUGGUUUCUCUUUUGGACUUGUGCUUGGUGGUGUGCUUGUUGAGACUGUUGGGUGGAGAGCGGGAUGGUAUCUCUACGGUGGUAUUGUUCUGUUCUUGUCUGCGGUUGGAUUUUGGUCUUUGCCAAAGUCUGAACCUCUAGGCACGUUUAAAGAUGUCAUGAACAGUGUUGCGACAGAUGUUGACUGGUUGGGCACUUUACUUGCUUCAGCUUUCAUGGCUCUUCUCUGCUAUUUCCUCGCCAUCAUCAGCACCGACGUCUAUCGCAUCAAGGAAGCAAGCAGCAUCGUCAUUCUGUGUCUCAGCUUAGUCGCUCUGCCUCUAUUCGUAGUGUGGAUGCACAUCCAGGUUAAAAAGGGGAAGCCGGCGUUGAUACCCAAUUCGUUCUGGCGCAACCACGCUUUCACUAGCAUCUGCGUGACGAUCGCCCUGUCAAACGCCGUGAUCAACUCCCUAGAGCUGUUCUCCAGUUUAUUUUUCCAGGAGAUUCAGCACUUGUCUGCCUUGAAUGCGGCGAUCCGGAUUCUGCCGAGUGUUGUUGUUGGUGUGGCUUUGAACUUCACUACUGGAUUGGUCGUUCACAGGAUUCCGGCUAUUUGGCUCAUUGUUAUUACGUCUGUUUUAACCGCCAUCUCACCGCUUCUCAUGGCUGUCACCAAUCCCAGCUGGACAUACUGGACGACCGCAUUCUUCGCCCAGGUCCUCAUGCCCGUCUCAAUCGACGUCUUAUUCACAGUUGGACUAAUAGUCGUCACUGAGACAUUCCCAGAGGAUAAGCAAGCUAUCGCUGGAUCCGUCUUUAACGCGGCAUCCCAAUUUGGGAAUGCUAUGGGUCUGGCGAUCAUGCAGGUCGUGUCUACCCUUGUAACAAAGAACCAUUCAGGACUGGAGGAGACCAAAGCAUUGCUGGAAGGAUACAAGGCCAGCUUCUGGACCAUGUUUGCUUUUAUGCUUCUUUGUGCUUCGAUUGGUGGCGUUGGGCUUCGAAAGGCGGGUAAGGUUGGGUUGAAGCGAGAGUAG